GUUUUGUUGAAGCGGGACUGAGUCAAACAAGCCUGUGGAGGCACUUUCAGCAGUUCGGUAAAAUUUGAUCCGCUUCAUCCCCGGCGCAGCUGAUGCUCCGACUUGCCCGGUAAAAUACGAAGCUGCCGAAGCCGCACUGAAAAACGGGCCAACGGAACCUAGUUUUCCAUACAUUGGACUAAAAUGCAUGUAUUUAAGGCAGAGCCCUACGCGGAACCGGAGGCAGCAUCAUACAAUGGCAGGCUUGGUGCGAUAAAAGAUUUAAACAGACAACGCGUUCGUCGGGCUCCUGUUAACACCCGGUUGGGAUCUACCGGACCCAAGGGCUUGCCAUUUAAACAAACCAUGGCUGAAGACGAUCGUAUUUCGAAGGCUCUGGUGGAGCUAGAAGCGGUGGCACGCACUCCUGCGACGACUGCCGAAGAGCGCUACCGCGUGCUGGAAACAAAGGAUCGCUACCUGCGCCUCACAAAUCAGCGCACAACGGACAUAAAGGAGGCGAAGAACAUUGUGGGCACAUGCCCUGACAAGUGCCCGGAAAAGGAGCGGUACAUGCGCGAGUGGAAGGGAAUGAUUCCAUCGUUCGAAAAGCUGGGUCAAGGGAUGCUGAUCAAUCAUGAAAAGGCGAUCAAACAAUUUUCCCGCAGCUCUGCCGACCAAGAGCUACCACUGCCACACGAGCUACGCACGGAACAAGCGCUAGGGCGCACCAUGCGCUUCUUGCUCGUACAUCUGGCCGAUGAGUGUACGGCCUCUAACGUGAGUGAUUGGUUUCACUACAUUUGGGAUCGUACGCGCGGCAUUCGAAAGGAUAUUACUCAGCAGGACCUUUGCACACUGGGCGUAAUUGAAUUGAUGGAACAGUGCACGCGGUUUCACAUUCACUGUGCCGCCCGGCUCGUCACGGAAGACCCUUCGGUGUUCGAUCAGAAGAUCAACACCGAAAACAUGACCAAGUGCUUGCAAACGCUUAAGUACAUGUACGCCGAUAUGGCCGAGCAAGGCAAGCAAUGUCCACGGGAAGCGGAAUUCCAAGCCUAUAUGAUACUUUUGAACUUGAAUAACGGAAAUUUCUGUUCGGAUCUACACAAAUACGUAGCGCAUGGAAUAAUGGAGUCACCGGAAGUGAAGUUUGCGAUGAACGUGUUCUUUGCGCUGGAUCAAAACAAUUACAGGAAGUUUUUCCGGCUUGUUCGUGGUGCGGACUAUAUGAAUGCCUGCCUGCUGAUUCGUUACUUCACCCAAAUACGCCUGAAGGCGAUCGAGUGCUUGCGGAAGAGCUAUGCCGUGCGUACUAUGGCUAGCUUUCCCUUCGACUAUCUGGUGGAAAUGUUGGCAUUCGAAAGCGAAGACGAGAUGGUUUCGUUUUGCGAGCAUUACGGCAACAUGUGCAACCGCGAGAAACGGUUGGUGAUGUUUGAAAGCAAACACAACUAUCAACCGGAAGUGCCAUAUCCUGGGCGCCGAGAGCUGAAGCUGGUGGAGAGUAAGCUAGUUACCUCGAUUGGAGACGCAAUUUGCGGAGAACCACUGGCCAAGUGGAUCGUGAAGUAUCCUGACCAGCCAGUGCACGAUAGUUUCGACGAAGAUGGAUAUCUACGAAUGGAAUUUUUGUUCAACGACGAAUUCGAAGAGAAGGAGGAAGAAGAAAACGAAGAGAACGAUGAUUCCGUUGAUAACAUAGAUCCUGCGGCUACGACGGACGACGAAGAGGAAAUUUACGAAGAAGAGGAGAUGAACGACGAAGAGGAAAUGAACGAAGAGGAGAUAAUCGAAGAAGAGGAGAUGAUCGAAGAGGAGGAAAUGAUCGAUGAAGCGGAAGAGGAAGGCAUAAUGUCGGAAGAGCCAGAUGUUGACCUGCCCCAAGUGCCUGUGCCAGCCGAGGCAAUUGUUUCUGUAGCCGCGGUAGAAGAAACUGAUUCUAACACUCAACCAUCAGCUUUGAAAGAUGAUGGUCCACACUCAGUGAACGAUUCCAGCGACAGCUAUAGUGCAGUAACGAAACUCUACGAAAGUCCCCCACCAGAUGUUUCCAUAACCACGGCCGGUCGAAAACGUACGUUCUUCGGUGCAACGAAAUCCCCAGAGCAAAAGGUAGAGCUGCCUGUGUCAAAAGUGCCCCUGUUCCCGUGGCAGCAAGUAGAAAAGAAACAGCAACCUUCGCAACAAGAAAUUCAACAGCAGCAGCAACCUCACAAGCAAGAAUUUUUGUCAAACAAACCACAGAUAGAGCCAAAAGUAGGACAUCAGGAACCACAACAAAAGAUACUGCAAGAGCUGAAGGAACUACAGCAGCGCAGUGCGCAACAACAGCCACCCGCACCACAGCCAGUAGUGGAACAACCACAACAGGCACUGCAUCACAAAGAACAACCAAAACCUCAGGAAUGGCAGGAGUUGCAGCAACAAUCAGCAAAAAAACGCCUGCUGCAAUCCCAUGUUCCGGAAUGGAUUUCUCAGCCUAAAAAACUGCCAUUGCAACUACCUAUUCCGGAAGUGCCCUUGAAAAUCCCACAAAGCGUACCGACCGUACAUUCCCCUUUAGAGAAAGUAUCUGCAUAUCAAUUCCCUUCAACUGUAAAACCGUCUGCAGAAAAUGAACAGCUUCCGUUGCUAAGUACCAGCCAGAAAUCUCGACCGAUCAGUUUGAUACAACAACGGCGCGUUGAUAGAGAGCCGACGAACAGCAGUUUGCUUAAGGGACAGCGUACACCGGAACCGGUUGAGAAGCCUACUCCAGUAGUACCAGUAGACACCAAGCGCACAACCGUAAAACCGAAACCGGUCAAGGAACCGGAUAAUACGGCACGUAUAGAGGAGCAGCGACGUAAAGCAGCGGCGCGGGUAGGUCAGCUAUCGAGGAAAUAUUUUUGGCACUGGAAAAAUUUCACUAACAAGUCACGCAAGCUACGCCAUUUGAUGUCAUCCGUGCCGGUUCCUAAAAUGAUCAAUUCAGCCGAUCUGCUUCAAUUUGAUCGUAUUCAACAAUCGUUAGCGGUUCAUCGAAAAUUCAACCCGGCAAAAUACCCGCUCAGUACCAUAAACCAGCCCCAAAAGACGAUCGAUCCGCUUGCCAUUUUAGAGCAGACGACUGGCAAAGAAACCACUGGCUGGCCACACUAUUGGAAGGUGAUGGUGUCACUACCGACCGGUCACGACGAACCUCCGGCAGCAUUCGCUGACUUUGCCAUUCGUUGGCUGAGGGAAAGCCUCUCGAAUGUGACCGAGGAACGUGCGAUGGCGGCCGGUAGGCAUUGGUUUCUAGCGACCGGCAAAACGGGUCAACCAUUCGAACCUCCCCGAGCGGCAGUGUGUCUUCGAGUGGCGCGUGGCAAAUGCUUCCAGCAGGUGAAUGGUCCCCAGAAUCGCGCCAACGGAGUGGUUUUCUUGGUGCAACAGAAUGGCAUCGCAUCUUUUGGUCAGCGCCUUCGAGCCCUUCUUGAAAGCCCAGCUUACAAGCAUCCUCCGCUCGGCACAAACCCUCCACCGAUUGCGAUCAUUGUGCAUUGUGGGUCUAAGGACAAACCUGGCAUGGACUGUGGGCAACAAUUACGCGGUUUUAUUGGUGAUCACGAUACACCGCCCUGUUGGAAAGUAUUCACCUGGCACGAUGGUACCAGGCUGCAGACCACUGAACCGUUAAACCUUGCUCUGCACUAUUUGGCCGACCAUUACUGCAAAGAACGGCAACGCAUAUACUCGGAAGGAAAUUACAUACAGAUGGAAGACACGUGGGACUUUCUGAUGCGCUGCAUCGGUGACGAAUUGUGGAUCCGACGUGGAGCAAGCAUGCAUCUGAACGUAAUGGCAAACGCGAGAGUGCCACAAUCGUCGGAUGCAGCGGAUCUGAUCGUUGACGAGUAUAAUGAAACGCUCGACAAACUGAGCGCACUGGUCCACCACAAUUUGUAUGAAUCGUACCAGGUUGGAGAAGAAUUUUAUACGCUCCAUUGUCUAUCCUCUGACGAAAAGGCCAGCCUGCGUCCGAUGCAUCCCCUGCCCGAACCGCUACACUUUCCGCGAGAUUGGCGCAAUCAUCAGGGCCGCGUAAUGCUAACGACGCUGUUCAACAUGGUGAGAUUGUUGAAGUUACCGAGUACUCUGAAGCAACGGUUAGCCCGCACAAAGCACCUGAAAACACCCAACAUGCAGGCGGUUAUGAAAGCGCUGGAAUCGUCGUUCAUCGACUAUCUGAAUCAGUACGAGGCGUUCCGGGUACAGCGUCCGGCAUCGCGUGCUGCACUGUUCCAAAAGCUGUGGAGUAUCUUCAGCAUCAAGUGGCCAUGUCCUUGCGCGUGGGGUUAUCUACUGUCGGAUAUUGCUGGCACAUUAUUGCAGCUCUCGUGGCAGCUAGUGCUACGCGACGAAAACCUUCACUCUCGAAAUCCUCUGAAAGUGUUUUACGUACGCCGGGAUGUAGAAGCUUUCCUGCGAGUGUACUCGUUCGGUGAGCGUCCUGUGCACUCAUGCGACGGCAUUCUCCAAAAUAGUGUACCCCAAACCGUGACUCCAACCGUCACUACUACUGUUACUGAUCGUCACUCAGCAGAGGUUGCGCAAAGUAAGCAACAGGUAGCGUUCCGAAAACUUAUGGAUGAGGUAGGAGAAUUGCGACAGCAAUACCUCCAGAAAGCGUAUCCCAAUAUCUAUAAGGAAAAUGAAGAAAACUGGAAUGAUACUAGCGAUGAACAGUCCGAUCAGUUUACGAGUAGGAAACGGCGCCGUCUUAGCGCCGAGGAUUGUGAUGCCGAAAGUGAUGGUGAUAGUGUGAAUGAUUCGCAGCAAAACCUUCUUGAGGAGCCACCAAAAACCGUAAAAAUCAAGGAUAGGUGGUUGGGCACGAUUGCUGAAGGUUUGUUCAAGGAUGAGUUAACAGAAGAAGAAUGGCAGGAGAGACGACGAUGCGCCGAGAGGCAUUACAAUGCUCUGACCAAGCAAUCUCUCUGUAGAUCACCGAAAGCGAGCAACCAGUAAA